GGUCUUUAUAUCGACUAAGAAAAUCGGCCUCCAUCGCCAAAGCUCUCUGCCCAAACCAUUUCACCGUCGCGGAAUCUCCCAAACCCUAACUUCCCUUUUUCUUCUUAGUCUUCUCUUUUCGAUUACUUCCUUCACUGUUUUCGUCCAAUUUCCCUUCAACCAUGGCCGCUCCUUUGGACAUGAGUCUUGACGAUAUCAUAAAGAACAACAAGAAAUCCAGAUCCGGAAAUUCGAGAGGACGCGGAAGAGGUUCUGGACCUGGUCCCGUCCGUCGAUUUCCCAAUCGCGCCGCUAACCGCACACCUUAUUCCGCUCCCAAGGCGCCGGAGACGACGUGGCAACAUGAUAUGUUCGCCGAUCCGAGUUCUGGAUUCAUUGGGCAAGGUGGGCGAGCUUCUGCUAUUCAGACUGGGACUAAGCUUUAUAUAUCUAAUUUAGAUUACGGUGUUUCUAACGAAGAUAUUAAGGAGCUUUUUUCUGAAGUCGGUGAUAUGAAACGUCACGGAAUCCAUUAUGACAAAAGUGGGAGAUCCAAGGGAACAGCGGAAGUAGUUUUCUCACGACGACUAGAUGCUGUUGCGGCUGUCAAGAAGUACAACAACGUUCAGCUUGAUGGAAAACCAAUGAAGAUAGAGAUCGUUGGAACUAAUAUUUCCACGCCUGCUGUUGGUCCUACCGCUGCCGUGAACCCUUUCGAAAAUUCAAAUGGGGCUCCGAGAAGCGAUACCAUCCUCUGAGCCAUCCAUAUCAUUGUGACAUUCAUUUUCUACGGAACAGGCAGCAAGGUAGGGGUGGUCCGCCAUCACGCCAACGUGGUCGUGGUUUUGGAAGGGGGCGUGGGCGGGGAAGAGGCCCAAGUGAAAAGGUUUCUGCUGAAGAUCUUGAUGCCGACUUGGAAAAGUAUCAUGCUGAGUCUAUGCAGAUAAAUUAGUUGGUUCUUAUAUAGAUGCUUUUGGUUCAACGACCACGAUCUGUUCUCUGUAUCACCACCAUUGUCUAAACUUGGCAGAAAAGGGCUAUAGUUUUUCCCUAAAUUGGUUUGAAUUUCUUUACAGCUUUUGGGCUUUCUAUUGUUAGAUUUUGACUUCAGCACGGUAAUGUAAUUGAUGAACAGUAGUCAGUGUGUACUCUGCUUUCAUUCAUUAAGUCCUUUCUGUUUCAUUUAA